UCCAAUUUCAUCUUUCAACAAAGCAAAUCAAUCCCAUCGCCAUUUUCUCCAUCAACUACGUAAUCUAUGGCGCCAAGGGACAAGCUUAAGGCGGCGGCGGUGGUGGUUGCCGGCGGCAAGGACAAGGAGGUGCAUUUUAGAGGCGUCAGGAAGAGGCCGUGGGGAAGAUACGCCGCAGAAAUUAGAGAUCCAGCAAAGAAAACCCGUGUUUGGUUAGGCACAUUCGACACGGCGGAGGAGGCGGCGAGGGCUUACGACGCCGCCGCUCUCCAAUUCCGUGGCGCUAAGGCUAAAACUAAUUUCCCCUUUCCCGUUGCUGUUAAUGAUCUUAAUCUCAGUCCUAGCCGGAGUAGUACCGUUGAAUCCUCUAGCCGUGACCCAAUUCUUGACCUCAAUCAUGACGCUGUCGGAUCUAGACCGGCGUUUCCGUUCAAUCAUCCCCAAUUCGGAGGUGGGAUUUUUCCGCCGCCGAAUCAUCUCCUGUUCUUCGAUCAUCCCAUUUUUAGUAUUCAAAAUCAUCAAUCGGGUGUGGUUUUUGAUCGCCACCGGCAGAAGGUAGUGGCGAGUGGCGGAGUUCAGAGUGACUCUGAUUCAUCCUCUGUUAUUGAUCUGAACCAAAACGACCACCACAAAUCAAGACCGGUAGUUCUAGAUCUCGAUCUCAAUUUCCCACCACCGGAAUCCGCUUAGGCUUUACGACGGCGAUGAAUUAUCGGAACGACCUUUUUUUAAUCUCCAUGUAAAUUAAUACACGUGUAGCAGAGGAAUAUAAUAUAGGUUCUUAAUUUGAAAAUGUCUCAUUGCUUUCCCCGUAAUUGGUCGAGCAAAGCUCAGGCAGCCCAGAUCCCCGGCGCCGGAAAAAGGACACGACGGAGGGGAGUGGUGGGAUCUAGUGAAACGGAGGGGAGGAGGAGAAAAACACGAAUUUGGGGUGUGGUUUAACUUAGUACUCUGUUCUUUCCAAUCUCUGUGUUCUGUUCUUCGUCACUCACAGCUUCGGAAAUGGCGGAUUUCUGUUUAUAUGGAUAGCCAAUGCCAAACGAUUUUGAUUUUA